UUUUCCCUUACUACAUUUCCGUAAAAGUUUUUUCUUCAUCUCUCUCCAUCCACACACCUCGUCCGCGUGAACACCGCACCACACUCUCGUUACCUUUUUAUCCGUCAAAAUGAGUGAAAUCAAACCAAACGACACGGCAGCUUCGGGUGACGACAGCGGGGAGGAGAAGGACUGGGCUGCGGCCAAAGCUUUCUUUGACAACCUGAAAACAAACAAACCCAGACCUCCCAAACCGAAGUACGCAGUUACCAUCGCUGUCUCCUCUCGCACCCUCUUCAACAUGGUGGCAGAGAGGAAGAUCUACGAGGAAGAAGGAGUGGAGCAAUACGUGUCUCAUCAGAUUGAACAUGAAGAUGAGCCCCUAAAACCAGGCCCUGCUUUUCCCUUUGUUAAGGCUCUGAUGAAUGUCAACUCUCGGUUGAGGGACCUCUACCCGGACAGCGAGGAGCUGUUUGACAUCGUCUUAAUGACGAACAACCACGCCGAAGUCGGAGUGCGCCUCAUAAACAGCAUUAAUCACUAUGAUUUGACUAUAGAGAGGUUCUGCAUGACGGGAGGGAAGAGUCCCAUCGGUUACUUGAAGGCCUACAUGACAAACCUUUACCUCUCCAAGGACUCGGAGAAAGUCGUCGAGGCCAUCAGUGAAGGAAUCGCCGCAGCCACGAUGUUCAUGCCGAGCACCGAGACCGAGCUGAGCGACACUCAGCUGCGGGUGGCGUUUGACGGCGACGCCGUCCUCUUCUCGGACGAGUCGGAGAUCAUCGUGAAGCAACACGGCCUCGACACUUUCUUCGAGCAUGAGAAGGAAUUUGAGAACAAACCCCUCGCGCAGGGGCCUCUAAAGUGCUUCUUGGUGGCUCUGGGGAAACUCCAAAGGAAAUUCUACGCCAAGAACGAGCGCCUGAACUGUCCCAUCCGAACCUACCUGGUCACGGCCCGCAGCGCUGCCAGCUCGGGGGCUCGGGUCCUGAAGACGCUGCGCUCCUGGGGCCUGGAGAUCGACGAGGCCCUCUUCCUGGCGGGGGCUCCCAAGGGGCCCCUGCUGCAGAAAAUCAGGCCGCACAUCUACUUCGACGACCAGAUGUUCCACAUCGAGGGGGCCAAGGAGCUGGGAACCAUUUCGGCGCACGUGCCCUAUGGAAUCGGACAAAAGUACAACAAGGGGAAACUCAUUGAGCAGCCUGAGAAAAAGGAAUGAGACGUACACGGAAUUUGAGCUGCAUAUAAAUGAUCGUGUUCAGGCGGAACAGAAAAUGAAGCAAACUUAGGCGACGCGGUUUUUCUAAUUGAGGGUUUUUUUACUACUUUUUCCUGGUGUUGCUUGGGUGUUUUUACCAAAGCAAGUUAUUACACUAUUUCACUUAAUGCUGUCUAGGAAGAACAAAAGCACAAUAUUAAUAACCUGUUGGUGACUUGUUGUUAAAUCUCUAUCAACAUUUUUACCUUUUGAAAAGUGUGCUGUUUUGGAAAAAAAAAAAAACAGUUUCUCACAUUCACAUUGGAACUAAUGUAAUAUUUUUUUUACUUUUUUAUACCAUGCACACAAGAUUUAUUUUAUUUGUCACACUUUUGGCCACUGGUUUUUGGACUAGCUUUGACUAACUUUAAAGAAUACAACAUAUCUGCUGUAGUAGCAGCUACUUUUUAAUAUUUCCAAUGUUUUUGCUGUUUGGCUUUUAAUAUUUCACAUCUAACGGUUAACUUUUGUGGUGGUUUAAGGUUUAAAGGGACGCUGGUUGACGCUGUGCAUCUUUGUCACUGUCUUUGCUGUUGGCGCACACACACACAUACACCCAAUAGUAAUUUAUUUUAUUUGCCUCAAGCUUGUUUACACUUUUGAAAAUGUGUCUGUUCACCAGGCAGCGCACUGUAACGUCACGAGUGACUACUUUAUGUAUUAUACAGGAAGCAUUUUGUGUAUUUCAUAUUGCCGAAAGAAACCUCACAAGUAACUUAAUGAGUCGCACGACAACACUAUUAGUCAGUCACCUGUUUUUUUACGUGCUCUAAAAUCUGUCUGUCGAGCACUGGUGUGUAUAUGUAAUGGACAAAUAAAAGAAUGUGGAGAAAACCUA